UAUUUCCGCCAUAUUUGAGAAAAAGAAUCAAAAUGCUUCAAAACUCAAAACAACGUCAAUUUCAUUCACUCAUGUAAUCGAAGGAAUACCCCACCAUAAGAUUUGGGUGAUUUGCUGGUUAAAUAGUUAUAAUUAUGGAACCAGCUAAAAACUAUCCAGGGAUUACCUCCCCAAUUAGUUUGGAGGGACCCAAACCAGUGGACCUUAAACUCUCUGAGAAAUUGGAAGAGGCCAUGAGACCUCAUGGGGUCUUCGAGAGUGAGGAAGAAAUGUCACAUCGGAUGGAUGUGUUGCACAAAAUCAACACUUUGGUCAGAGAGUGGAUCAAAGAUGUCAGCAGACAAAAGAAUAAUUACCCUGAAGAUAAAAUUGAUGCAUUUGGUGGAAAAGUCUGCACAUUUGGUUCAUACAGACUUGGUGUUCACACAAAAGGUGCUGAUAUAGAUACACUUUGUGUUGCUCCAAGACAUGUGGACAGAUCAGACUUUUUUUCAUCCUUCUUUGAAAUAUUGAAAAAUACCCCAGAAGUCAAGGACUUGAGAGCAGUAGAGGAGGCCUUUGUUCCUGUGAUCAAGAUGACUUUUGAUGGUAUUGAGCUUGAUAUGUUGUUUGCCAGGUUAGCAUUGCCUCAGAUCCCGGAAGAAAUCGACCUCAGGGAUGAGAGCUUGCUCAAGAACCUCAAUGAGAAGUGUGUUAGAAGCCUGAACGGCUGCAGAGUAACAGAUGAAAUAUUACAUCUGGUUCCAAAUCAACACAGCUUUAGAAUGACUUUGCGAGCAAUCAAGCUUUGGGCUAAAAAAAAAGGAAUUUACUCCAAUGCAUUGGGAUUUCUGGGCGGUGUCUCAUGGGCCAUGCUUGUGGCCAGAGUCUGCCAGCUCUACCCUAACGCUGCCCCAGCCACCCUCCUCCAUAAAUUCUUCAUGAUCAUUCACAAAUGGAAUUGGCCUCAGCCUGUAUUAUUAAAAGCUUUGGUUCAUGAGAACAAAUUUAAUCUAUCAUUUCCUGUGUGGGACCCAAGGGUAAAUACAUCUGACAGGUUCCAUCUCAUGCCCAUCAUCACUCCAGCCUACCCACAACAGAACUCCACCUUCAACGUCACACUCUCUACACGCAGCAUAAUGACAGAGGAGCUCAAAGACGGGCUAGAAAUAGUGAGCAAAAUCUACGAGGGUAGAGAAGAAUGGGGAGCACUUUUUGAACCCUCAAAUUUCUUCCAGAAGUACAAACAUUAUAUAGUUUUAACAGCCAGUGCAGUGGAAGAAAAGGACUACUUAGAAUGGCAUGGCUAUGUGGAAUCAAAAAUCAGAUUACUGGUUGGGAACUUAGAGAGGAAUCCUUGCAUAAAACUGGCUCAUGUGCAUCCUAGUCCACUUGGGCCCCUGAAUGAGAGUGAUGGUGAAUACUUGUGUCGGUGGUUCAUCGGUCUUACCUUUGUCAAAAUAGAAAACCAGAACCAAAAUGUGGAUCUGACCUUUGACAUACAAUCCUUCACAAAUACAGUUCAUAAGCAUGCCUAUCAUAUUAACCUCAUGAAAGAUGGAAUGAAAGUUGAAAUAAAGCAUGUGAAAAGGAGACAACUUGAUCUCUACGUUCCUCCCAAAAUUUUAUUACAAAGCAAGAGGGCAGCUGUAGCACAGGAACACAGAUCCAGCAUAGGGAGUGCAUCCAAGUCAGAAUCCAAUCAGACCCUCCAUCACAGCCGCUCCGACACGGAACUUGUCAGGAGUAACUCCAUGUCCGUGGAUCUGUCAGAGGAGAUCAGUCAGGAUGCAGAAUCCAGUCGUGACUCUGUAAAAUCUGGCAGCGAGUUGUCCUCAACCAGUAAGGAGGCCAUUAAUGGAGAUGUAAGGAAGAACAUUUUUCCAUCAAUGCACAAAGACAGCCCUACCCUUCCUAAUGCUAGUAGGAAAAGGGAAGGGUCGCCUAUCUUGUUGGAUACAUGUAGUCCACUCAAAAAGGUCAAACUCGAGGAAGAAAUCACUCAGGUCGUCUCUGGAUCUCCAGUUCCAACAGACAGUGUAAUGCAAAGUCCAAAUUCCAAGCGAGAGGCCAGUCCCGCCGGGAGUGAGAGUCCCGUCAAAAGGUCAAGGUCUCAGGAUGACCAGAACGACUUGGGUUCGUCAAUGCACAAUGACAACUCGGCUCUUAAUCCAAGUAGGAAACGGGAAGGGUCACCCAUCAGGUCGGAAACUGUGGUCAAGCGGGUUAAAUCGGAGGAGGACGCCUCUCAGAGUGCUGUUGAGUCCCCAAUGAAUGUGGAUGAGAUUACACCUCUGAAAGAGGAAGAUGGAUCUGAAGAGAAAGAGGAAGAGCGACAGGAGCCUGAAUCUGAAGACAAGGAGGAAAAGCCCAUCGUAAAUCAGCAUGUGAAGAGGUUGCCUAGUGCAGAUGUACCAGACUUGAUGAGCCCACAGACCAACCAGAAUCUACCUGUUCAGGUGAUGUCCAACAAAAACAUUCGUCUGAAGCUAAAAUGAUGUGAUCCUAAAGCAGUGAUAGUUCAGUUCAAGGGUUUUCCUAGGAGUUGGAAUGAAAUACAGAUAUGGAAAAGUAUCAGGCAAAUUUACUUGAAAGAAAAAGAAAAUCCAGAUGGAUAUUAAAAAAAUUAAGUGUAAUCGAAAGGUAUUUCAAUGAUAGUGCUAUAGUGAUUGUCAGGUCAAUUAAAAUAAUAAAAGAGGAUGAACUGUGAGGAAAAAGAAUGAAACGGUAUAUGUCUGUGCUUUGUAGUCUGUUUUGUGUGAGUUUUCUGUCACUCUUGUCAGUAUAUCAAGUCUUCUUGAGGGGCUGCAGAAACUAAUGAAGGGGUAUCAAUUGUAGUUUUGUAUCAGAACUUUGUUUUGUACAAAACUGGCAUGGACAUUUCAUGCAUAUAUUUGAUAACAGAUUUAUCAAAGUCAUUUUUUUUCAUUUUGAAGAUAGAUAAUCUCUGUUGCUUGCAGACAUACAAUACUUAUUACUAGUGCACACCCAGUAUAAUCAGAAUCAAUGCUGUAAACUUUUGUUAAGCUUGCUGUAAAAGAGCUACAAUGCUGUAAUUCUCUUUGUGAGCUGGAUUCUCAGACAAGUUGACAUGUGUAUGGAAUCCAUGAAGUAUCAAGGUUUUGAGACAUUUUCUUAUGUUAUAAUAUUAUUACUAUUUAGGCAUUACCAAUGUCUUGCUUUCAUUCUCUGAAGCAACGAUAUUUUCUUAGAAAUGGUUUGAUAUGGAUACUUUCCUUUGUCGAAGAUCAAAGAUGAUAAUGUGAACAAGAUGUGUGAAAGGACAUACCAACAUGUUCAUGAUAGUUUAUUUGUUAUUUCGUCAGUCAUUAUCAGUUUGUCAUAACUUUUAUAAAUGUAUAUGAUAAAAAUAAUUGUAUAAGUUUCACUCAGGUUGGUAUAUUUUCAUUGAUAUUUCAUAUUGAAAACAUAAAUAUAUUUAGAUUGUGGAGGCAACUUACAUUGUUGUGAGAGAAAGGAAUGAAAUUCAUUGUGUGUAAAUGACGAUUCAAUUAGUUGCUGUUAACUUAUCACAGAGUCUGAUAAAUAAUCAUUUUAUUUCCAUCUGAAGAACUAUUGUACCAGUAUGUAUUGAUUGCGCAAUUAUCACAGACAUCGUAUGAAAGUGGGAGUAUAUUCUCAUCAUCAUCAGUCUGUAUACAUUUUUCAUAACAUGGUGGAUAAUACUCCUACCGCAAAUAUUGAGAAUUUCAUAACAACAUGAAAAAAAAAUCUGCCAUGUCUUGUUUGUUUUUGGAGAACAGUACUAAUAAAACAAAAAUUUAAAGAAAGUUUGAAGAAAUCUCCUCUCUCUUACCUAGCUAGUAAGUUCAAUACUUGAAAGGAAGGAAUAAGGACCUGUGAGUAAGUUAUUUGUUUUCCAGUCUCUCUUCAUUUGAAGAAAACCCAGGUGUUUCAACACCUGAGGACAUUACCCCCAGGCAUUGGCCUAUUGUUUCAUCGAGUGUGCGUCAUACUCAGUGUCUUGUUUUUAUGAUCAUCACUUUUUCAACACAAACAACUUUGUAAUAUACAUACCAACAGUAUGAUUUAGCAUUUCAUUGUAUGUUCAAAACAUGACUUGUUUAAUCUUGGAUGAUGUAUGUUUUGCAAGAUUUAAAGUGUACAUACUUUGUGAAUGAUGGCAGAAACAAAUAAAUCUGUUUUACAAAAACCA